UUGUACCUCCCGUGAACGGUGUGUGCCGUCGCUCUCCGGAUUCCGGUGUCUCCGCUCCUUCGAUCGGUCUCUCAGCGAAUGCUGUCCGAGAUCGAGCCCAGCGAUGAAAACCAUGGACCCGAACGCAAAUUAUUCGGAUCAGUUCCGCGCCACCAAGGUUUGGAAUACGAUUGUGGCGGCCAUCCGGCAGGAAAUGCCCGUCGGGAAACGUCGCAAGGGCCUCAAGUCGUUCGACAACUGCUUCACGGGAACGGAGGCGGUCGCUUGGAUGCUCGGAUACCUGAAACGGAAUAAAGAUCUCUUGGGUCCGGGUCAAGAAGUCACCCGGGAAAAAGUGGUGCUGCUGUUACAGAAGUUCGUCGACCAGAAAAUCUUGCAGGACGUUCGCAACCGGAACGUUUCGUUUAAAGACUCGAACACGCAGCUGUACACUUUCAACAAAGAAAACGUCGCGCCCAAAGCUCCGACCGCCGAACUGGUGGUAAGAAGCGGCAACCGCCAAGUGACUUACGGACCAGCGGCCGCUCCCCCCAACCCAACCGCUUCGUCUUCGCCCAAGAACCCGUUACCCCUGUCGGAUUUACCAUCGCUCUCCCAACACCUGCUCUGGGCUCGGGUUCAACAACUGUUCGCUUCAGGCACGCACAACUCGUUUUACGGCACGCCGGACGUACUAAGCUCAUUCUCGUUGACUUUCUCAGAUUUUUGCCCCGCUGAAAUUUGCCACAACAUUUGUCAAGUCAGCGCUUCUGGAAUCGUCCUGCCGAGAACCAAAGGCGACGAUGUACCGGCGUAUGUCAUGCAUGCUAUGAAGUGCCUUGCCAAGUGGCCUCAGUCGGCGCAGGGUUAUCCGGGAUAUCCCGGUUUCUUGAGCGACGUGCUCAAGGUAGUCCUCGAAUACUUCCGGGGACGGCUUCUGCUCUCGAGACCGUUGUACGAGCUCUCGUUGACCGCUUUCGCACCGAUCAUGGGAACGCUCGAGGAAGCCGAGGUGCCCGUUUCGGUCCAGUACGAAACCGCGUUCGUCACUGCGAAUCCUGAGACGAAAAUCAUGCCUCGCACGGCACGGAAAACCCCUCUUCCCCGAUACGUUACCCAAACGCCGAGCACUAUGCCGAGACCUUAUCGGCCGGAACGUUUGAUCCAGACGUGUGUCAGGGCCGCAAGCGUUCGGCGGAUAGGCAGUGCGGUGGGAUGUUACGUAAAUUCAGCAUUCUCUGCUAGCUCGUCGAGUCUCAGCUCGGGUGUGAGCGCGAUCUCCGAAGCGAAAGCUCGAUCUUGUAAAGAAGUUCAGACGACAAAGGAGCUUGUCAUCCGACAGCUGCAACACCUGUAUCUCCUUUUGUCGACGCGAAAUCGCCGGGCGAUGCACCUCCUAUUGAGGUUCAUGUAUAAGGUCGGUCAGAACAGUACGUUGUUGCUCAAGAACCACAAAUCCAAUCACGAGGUAUUGAUCGAAACCUUCAGUACGUGUCUGAUCGGUGCGUCGCGGACUAACCUUCAGCAGACGACAAUGUUUAUGACGUUCUUGGUAGAUAAUUGUGACGUGAUUUUCACCGUGCCUGAGAGCCUUAAACAGGAAAUCGACGGAGCCCUGGGGCAUCGUCUUUAGCGAUAAUUGUCGCAGUUCGAUCUCGAUCUAACAAUUGAAGGAUAGAAACAUCUCAGAUACUCUUGUCUGCUUUUACUGAAAUCCGAAGCGGAAGAGGAAC